CAGACCUACGAAAAGGUAUAAAGUCCUCUUGAAGAUUCCAAUGUAAGACAUCGACAAAGUACCCAGUCGCAGCUCUUCAAGUAAACUCAAACAUGAAGCUUUCUCUUGUUUUCAGCGUGCUCGCUUCCAUCGUGGUUCUUGCUACAGCGUACCCCACGCAAGGAGCCACUGGCAUUGCGAAGCGUUCUUCUGAUGUCGAGAAGCGCGACUCGGAGGGGCUCGACGUCAAUGACAAAAACUACGAGUUCACCAGCUACAAGAAGCGCGGCUCGGAGGGGCUUGAUGUCAACGACAAAAACUACGAGUUCACCAGUUACAAGCGUGACUCGGAGGGGCUUGACGUCAAUGACAAGAACUACGAGUUCACCAGCUACAAGAAGCGCGGCUCGGAGGGGCUCGACGUCAAUGACAAAAACUACGAGUUCACCAGCUACAAGAAGCGCGGCUCGGAGGGCCUUGACGUCAAUGACAAAAACUACGAGUUCACCAGUUACAAGCGUGGCUCGGAGGGGCUUGACGUCAAUGAUAAGAACUAUGACUUCAGCAGUUACAAGAGGGAGGAGGGGAAGCGCGCCUCGGAGGAACUUGGCGUCAAUGACAAGAACUAUGAUUUCAGCAGUUACAAGAAGCGCAGCUCGGAGGGGCUUGAUGUCAACGACAAGAACUACGAGUUCACCAGUUACAAGCGUGGCUCGGAGGGGCUUGACGUCAAUGACAAGAACUAUGACUUCAGCAGUUACAAGAGGGAGGAGGGGAAGCGCGCCUCGGAGGAACUUGGCGUCAAUGACAGUGCCUAUACCUUCAAGGACUACAAGAAGAGGGAUGAGGGGAAGCGCACCUCAGAGGAACUUGGGGUCGAUGACUCCAGCUAUGAGUUCACCAACUACUGAACUUGACGCCAAGUUCUGUGCAGGUCUGGCAUUGCCGCGGCCCCGCCUACAAGUUACUCUCCUGUAUAUCUAUGUAUCUUGACUCCCUUAUCUGAUUGCUUGGUUUUUAACAUGUUGCGUGCCUAUGUAAUACAAUCCCAGUUGUCUCACUCUUUGCGACUCGACUACAAACAUAUAGACCCGGCGUUCUUGUCACCAUUGCACAUUGCAUUUUCUCAACUCGUAUGUUGUCACCUCAAGUGCUCUCAGUGCCUGUCUAAAUUAUACGGUAUGUCAAUCGUAGCCUGCUCAGUGCUAGCUGGCUUUCGUCCGAGUCAUAUCAAGGAACAACUAUUUUCUCUCGAAUG